AUAACAAUUAACUAAAAAAAAUUAAAAAAAUGAAAUUUUUAAUUAUCGCCAUUUUCGCCAUAAUUGGCACCGCUCUCGCCCAAACGCAAAACUAUUGCGACUCAUCUCUUUGUCGAUCAGGAGGUCGUCAUAUCGCAUGUCCCGGAGUUGCUGUCAAUCGUUGCCCAUCUGAUGCCAGAGCCAUUCCCAUGGAUAACACAAUGAAAAAUUUAAUUCUCGGCAAACAUAACGCCAAUCGGAAUGCUUUGGCGGGAGGUCAAGUCAAUCGUUUCGCAACAGCAGCUGCCAUGCCUGAAGUCACGUGGGACGAUGAAUUAGCUUACAUUGCGUCGAAAAAUGCCAUGCAAUGUACUUUUGGGCACGAUCAAUGUCGCAAUACGAAAGCUUUCAUGUAUGCGGGACAAAAUAUCGCCUAUGCCAUGGGAAGUGCUUACACGGAUUCGUCAUUUGUUGAACAAAUGAUCAACCUUUGGUGGGAUGAGUAUAAGCAAUGUUCACAAGCGGUGCUUGAUAAAUUUCAGAACACUCAAGCUGUUGUCGGGCAUUUUACCGUGAUGUCAACUGAUCGCACAAACAAAAUUGGAUGCGCCGCAGUUUUGUACAACAGAAAUUACCGAAUUUUGGUUUGUAACUAUUCAUUCACGAAUAUGAUGGGACAACCAAUUUACAAGAAAGGAUCUGUCAGAAGCGGAUGCAAAAGCGGAGCUUCUAACCAAUAUCCGAAUUUGUGCAGUGCUAAUGAAGUCGUGAACCCAAAUCCGUUUUAAAUUGAAGAAUUUUUCAUUAUUUUAAGUUAUUAAGUGACUUAAGGCCUUAGGUUUUGUGUGAUUUUUAUGAAUUUUUAAAUAAAAAUUUAACCAUCAAAAAUUAAAAGAUUUAUUAAA